AUGACGAUGAGAACGGCUGAGCGCCUGACGGAGGGGCUGGAGAAGCCUUCUCUGGAUGACCGCUCCUACAGAGUCAUACAGCUGCCUAAUAAGCUGGAGGCUCUGUUGGUUCAUGAUGCAGAGACGGAUAAGGCUGCUGCGGCGAUGGACGUCAACGUCGGGAGCUUCAGUGACCCGGAGGAUUUGCAGGGCCUUGCCCAUGGUCUGGAGCACAUGCUGUUCAUGGGAACUGAAAAGUACCCCGUAGAGAACGCAUACAACCAGUACCUAGCUUCCCACUCCGGUUCGUCUAACGCCUAUACCGCCGGCACCGAGACCAACUAUUUCUUUGAGGUGUCUGCUACAGGUACAUCUGGAGAAUCGAGCGGCCAAGCCACUCCUAACGGAACUGCAAACGGCACAGCAGAGCCCAAAACUGAUGGGCGAUCACCCCUGUAUGGUGCUCUCGAUCGCUUCGCGCAGUUUUUCAUCUCGCCGCUUUUCUUAGAGAACACACUCGACCGCGAGAUGCGGGCGGUAGACUCAGAAAACAAGAAGAACCUCCAGAGUGACCUAUGGCGCUUGAUGCAGCUGAACAAGUCGCUCUCCAACCCAGACCACCCCUAUAACCACUUCUCUACCGGAAAUCUUCAAACAUUAAAGGAGGAGCCGCAGAAACGCGGUGUUGAGAUCCGUAAUGAGUUUAUGAAGUUCUAUGAGAAACACUACUCUGCCAACCGGAUGAAACUGGUGGUGCUGGGCCGCGAAUCGCUGGAUGAGUUGGAGAAGUGGGUGUCGGAGCUGUUUGCCGGUGUCAGUAAUAAGGACCUGCCACAGAACCGGUGGGAUGGCAUUCCCAUCUGGCUACCAGACGACAUGAGUAAACAGAUCUUUGCUAAGCCUGUGAUGGAUUCCCGCUCCGUGGAUAUCUACUUCCCGUUCUUGGACGAGGAGAAGCUGUAUGAGUCGCAACCCAGCCGGUACAUUAGCCAUCUCAUCGGCCAUGAAGGUCCCGGUAGUAUCCUGGCAUAUAUCAAAGCAAAGGGAUGGGCAAAUGGGCUGUCGGCCGGCGUGAUGCCGGUUUGCCCUGGAGCUGCAUUCUUUACGGUUUCUGUCCGUUUGACGCAGGAAGGACUGCAGCAGUAUCAGCAGGUGGUCAAGGUGAUCUUCGAGUACAUUGCGAUGAUCAAGGAACGUGAGCCGGAGGAAUGGAUUUUCGAGGAAAUGAAGAACCUGGCGGAGGUAGAGUUCAAGUUCAAGCAAAAAUCUCCCGCCAGCCGGUUCACCAGCCGCCUGAGCAGCGUCAUGCAGAAGCCACUGCCUCGGGAGUGGCUGCUCAGUGGAUCUCUUCUCAGAAAGUUCGAUCCGGAGGGGAUCAAAAAGGCCUUCUCCUACCUCCGCGAGGACAACUUCAAGUUGAUCGUUGUUGCGCAAGACUAUACUGAGUUAAACACCAAGGAGAAGUGGUACGGAACCGAGUAUAAGGUUGAAGAUGUUCCCAAGGACUUCAUGGAGGGUAUUCAAAAGGCGUUGAAAACCAAUCCGGAAACUCGACUGCCGGAAUUGCACAUGCCGCAUAAGAACGAGUUCGUCCCUACCAGACUUUCCGUGGAGAAGAAGGAUGUGCCGGAGCCCGUGAAGACCCCCAAGCUCAUCCGCCACGAUGACCAUGUCCGUCUUUGGUUCAAGAAGGACGAUCGAUUCUGGGUUCCUAAAGCCACCGUCUUAGUUACUCUGCGCAACCCGCUGGUCUGGGCCACCCCUGCCAAUCUGGUAAAGUCGAAGCUGUACUGUGAGCUUGUUAGAGAUGCGCUCGUUGAGUACUCGUAUGAUGCAGAACUUGCUGGUCUGGAUUACAAUCUGUCCGCUAGCAUUUUUGGUCUCGAUGUCUCCGUUGGAGGAUACAACGACAAGAUGGCCGUGCUUUUGGAGAAGGUUUUCACAAGCAUGCGCGAUCUUGUGAUCAACCCUGACCGCUUCCGGAUCAUCAAGGAGCGCCUAACUCGGGGCUAUAAGAAUGCGGAGUAUCAGCAGCCGUACUACCAGGUUGGCGACUACACUCGGUAUCUGACUGCGGAGCGGGGCUGGCUCAACGAGCAGUACGCCGCCGAGCUCGAGCACGUCGAGGCCGAGGACGUUAAAGCUUUCUUCCCUCAAAUCCUGCGCCAGAACCAUAUCGAGGUUUUGGCCCAUGGUAACAUCUACAAGGAAGAUGCGCUGCGAAUGACUGACACUGUAGAGUCGAUUUUGAACAGCCGGACUCUGCCCCAGUCCCAGUGGUAUGUCAGGCGCAACGUGAUCAUCCCCCCGGGAUCCAACUUCGUCUAUGAACGGCCACUCAAGGACCCGGCCAACGUCAACCACUGUAUCGAGUACUACCUCUUCCUCGGAAACAUCGAUGACGAGAUCCUGCGCUCGAAGCUCCUCCUCUUUGCCCAGAUGACCGAUGAGCCUGCUUUCGAUCAGCUACGAAGCAAGGAGCAGCUCGGAUACGUCGUCUGGAGCGGCGCACGCUAUUCGGCCACUACCAUCGGCUACCGUGUGAUUAUUCAGAGCGAGCGCACUGCUCAGUACCUGGAAUCCCGGAUCGACUCUUUCCUGACCAACUUCGGAAAGACUCUGGAGACGAUGUCAGAGGACGAGUUCGAGGGCCACAAACGCAGCGUCAUUAACAAGAGACUCGAGAAGCUCAAGAACCUUGGCUCCGAGACAUCCCGCUUCUGGACUCACAUCGGUUCUGAAGACUAUGACUUCGUGCAAAACGAGACCGAUGCUGCUCGUGUUCGCGCCCUGACCAAGUCCGAAAUCCUCGACUUCUACAAGGAGAAGAUCGACCCUGCCUCUCCUACUCGAGGCAAGCUUGCGAUCCACUUGAAGGCUCAAAAUGGUGUACCCGCGGAGCCCAAGGAAGGCUCCGAGGAGACUGCUCUUACCAACGGCACUAAAGCCGCAACCUAUGUCACAAACGUCACGGACUUCAAGGCUCGCCUGGCUGUUAGCACUGGGCCUCGCUCCGUCGUUGACCUCAGUGAGCUUGAGGACUUUGAUGCUAAACUUUAG